AUGACCUGCCGAGCAAGCCACUGGGAUGAGAAAGGGCUCAAUAAGACCUGUGCAACUUGUGCGGGCCUACAUCAAUGCCAAACCUGCCCGACAGAGUUCCAACUCGACACUGUGGACUACGGCUACAACUACUACUACAGACGGCUGAUCGUAACGCGAUGGCUAGACUUAGGCGAGGGUCGAACACCGGAAGAUCCGAAGUGGAAGAGCCAUCUCGGCUCUGGAGAUCGUAGCCAGGCAAAGCCGAUUCCUUUUGAAGCUGGUUCGAUUAAAGCUACUUUCGAAAAAUACCAAGUUAGACCCUUCCUAAGCCGAAGAAACUGGCUAUACUUCCUUUUUGGUUACGGAGAGAUAUUUGAGCAUAGUUGGUAA